UUUAUAGGCUUCUUUCAGGUCUGAUUUGCAGUUGAAAAAUAUUAGACCUUUCCAGAAUGUCCUUAAAUUCAGACGAAAAUUCAGCUGAUCGGAAUGUUGAAAUUUGGAAGAUCAAGAAGCUAAUCAAAAGUUUGGAAGCUGCUAGAGGCAAUGGAACGAGCAUGAUCUCACUCAUAAUCCCACCCAAGGACCAGAUUUCAAGGGUGAGCAAGAUGCUAGCAGAUGAAUUAGGCACAGCUUCCAAUAUCAAGUCCCGUGUGAACAAACUCUCUGUUCUUGGUGCAAUCACAUCUGUUCAGCAUCGCCUAAAACUCUACACAAAAGUGCCUGCCAAUGGAUUGGUGAUAUACUGUGGAACAAUUAUCACUGAAGAGGGGAAAGAGAAGAAGGUCAACAUUGACUUUGAGCCAUUCAAGCCUAUCAACACUUCACUCUACCUCUGUGAUAACAAGUUCCACACAGAAGCCUUGAAUGCUCUAUUGGCUGAUGACAACAAGUUUGGUUUCAUUGUCAUGGAUGGAAAUGGGACCUUGUUUGGAACACUACAAGGGAACACGAGAGAAGUUCUCCACAAGUUCACUGUGGAUCUCCCAAAGAAGCAUGGAAGAGGAGGUCAGUCUGCCUUGCGUUUUGCACGCUUGAGAAUGGAGAAGAGACACAAUUAUGUGAGGAAGGUAGCUGAGGUGGCAACUCAGCUCUUCAUUACAAAUGAUAAGGCAAACAUCACUGGCCUUGUCCUGGCAGGCUCUGCAGAUUUCAAGACAGAGCUUUCACAGUCUGACAUGUUUGAUCCUAGACUACAGGCAAAAGUAAUCAAGAUUGUGGAUAUUUCCUAUGGAGGAGAGAAUGGGUUCAAUCAAGCCAUUGAACUGGCAUCAGGGAGCUUGGCAAAUGUUAAAUUCAUCCAGGAGAAGAAACUCAUUGGGCGGUACUUUGAUGAGAUCAGUCAAGACACUGGAAAAUAUUGCUUCGGUGUGGAGGAUACACUGAAAGCACUGGAAUUGGGAGCUGUAGAGACGCUUAUCUGUUGGGAGAACCUGGACAUCACACGCUUUGUCCUCAAAAACCAUCAGACGGGAGAGGAAAAAGUUUUGCACCUCAACCCAGAGCAGGAGAAAGACAAGACUCACUUCACUGACAAGGAGACUGGGGUGGAGUUGGAGCUCAUAGAGUGCAUGGCACUCCUGGAAUGGCUGGCCAACAACUACAAGAACUUUGGAGCCACCCUUGAGAUCAUCACUGACCGAUCACAGGAAGGUUCACAGUUCGUCAGAGGGUUUGGAGGCAUAGGAGGUAUACUCCGCUACAAGGUAGACUUCCAGACAUUAGAACUCAAUGACCUUCUAGAUGAUAUUGAUUUGGAUGACUACUAAGAAGCCUAUUCUUCAUCCUAGGAAUCUGUUAAAGGGCAACUCUCAUCACAUCCCAAGAGGCAAUUUAUUCAGGCAUGAAAAGAGCUGCACUACCAAAUUCUGUUCUUCUACCCCCACCUCUGUCUUUUGUUUUUUUUUUAUUUCUCAGAAAUGGAACAUUGCCACAUGAACGUUUGCUCAACUGAAACCUGUCCAAGGAAACUGCUUUCAAAAAGUUUCUUUUGGAAAUGAAAUGCAAGCAACUUGAUGUGUAGGAAAAGGACAUUCCAGAAUGAUGACAUUCAAGUGAACAAUUGAAAUUAUUGAACCUGGAAGUGGCAAAAGAGUGGAAGGGUUCUGUUUUUCCUUUUAGUUGAUCAUGAUCCCUGUGCACAACUCUUUUUUGAGCAAGUUAUCCCAAGUCCUCUGUGUCUUGAUUCAAAUGACAUGCUCAAGUUGAAUUCUGAUGAAGAAAAUUAAAGAGGCAUUCUCAGGAAAGGACUACUGUCUUCAAAAUUACAAAUCCUUGUUUUUCACCUCUGUGAGGCAGUGAUACUUGUUAAGCCUUUUCUUCUAUUAUCCUUGAGGCAUGUUUCAUUGCAUCAUGUGUAAAAUUGCAGAAGAUGUCAGUGAGUCCCCUGAUAUGGUUCUUCUCUACUGGUAGAAGCAUGCUUCUCAGUUGGAUCAAGGUCAACUGCUCUUCAACCCCUUACAGAUCUGGUACUUGACUAAAACCUGUUCCAAAGUCCUCUGGAAUAUCCCCCUUAGUAAGGCAUGUUUAUUGCUAAUGUUACAAGAAAGAAACUUUUGGAACAUCUCUCCAUGAUUUCACAUAAUAAGCUGCAGUCUUCAAUGCAUUUCAAUGUGCCAUUUUUUAAAGUGCCUCCCAUUUGUGAUUGGGUCAUUUUUUUCAUAAUGAUGUGACCCAGGAUGUUUUUCUGUGCAUUCCCUUUUGUUGUGUGCAUGAGGAGUCCUUUCCUGAGGUGUCAAUCAGGACAUUCGCUCGAUAUCGCUGUAUCGUGUGGUGAGAUCUGAACCAAUUGCAGCCAUACCUGCUGCUCGUCAAGCUGGCCUUCCAUUCUUUGCCCAUCUUCACCAGCAUUUCUCCUGUCUUUCUUUCAUAUCGAGUCACGGCUGGAAAAAAAAGUUGUUGGAAGAAUAAAAUCUAUCAAUGGUCGUUCUGGUCAACCGCUAAUGGCGUCACUGUAUCAGUGGCCCAAGAGUGCAUCGUCAUCCAUUUGUUUUCUCAUUUUCUUCCCAGUCAGUAUUUAUCGCCAAUUUUGGGUGAAUGGCUGCUAGGUGGGAGCCAUCAAUAGCAGGCCGCUGCUCUUGCACCCAGCUCUUCACGGCAGACAUUCCCCCACUCUCUACUCUUUAUGGGCCACAUAUUUUUGGAGGGUCUGAUGUUCUUGGACUGGGUUUCAUGGUAAUUGUGUCCAUUGCAAUUAGCUUUUUCUUUGGCUUCCAACU